CGAUGUGUGUGAUGUCACUGGCGAGAGCUGUCAUUUGUCUGGGGUGUUGUGAAAGGAAGGGGAGAGAGGGAAGGUGAGAGGAGAGGAGGGAGGGAAAGAAAGAAAGAAAGAAAGAAAGGCAGGGGCAAGAUCACAAGGAGAGAGGGAGAAGGAGCCGUGUUCAAGAAGGAGGAGAGUAAAAGGAGGAGGGAAUAAAGGUUGCAAAAGGAAAGGAAAGAUGGAGAGGAGAAGGUGAGGUGUUUUAAUAGAGAAAGAGGGGGAGGGGGGGUUGCAGGCGGGGAAGGAAGGAUUCAGGAGCAGAAAAAAAGAGGUUGAAAUGAGAGCGAUAGAGAUCUCCACAGGGGGUCGUAAAUAGAGAGGAAGAGAGAGAGAGCGGAGGAGGAUCUCACAGGGAGACACAGAGCGGAAACUGGGAAAGAAAAACAUUCCUCGAAAGAUUAAAUCAGGAUCAGAAGCCGAGAAACGGACUAGGGAAAUUAUAAUAUAUAUAUAUUUUUUUUAAUUAAAAAAAAAAAAGAUUGAUUACGGAGGAAAGGUUAGAGAAAAGAGACAGGGGGUGAGAUUGUUGCAGCGGAGAUAAAACAGUGGAAGAGAGAAGGGGAAAAACACCCAGCAGGAAAUGUGAUCGCGGGAAGAGCAAAUGAGGGGACCGGACAGAAAAGUCAACAGUGGAAGUAUCUGAGAAACAAUCCAAGGAGGGCAGAGGGAGAAACAGGACCAGCCAGCAGAGCAGAGUGUGGCUAAGAAACAACUAGCCCAGUGGAAGCAUAGGGCAAGUUCGGGGAGCAGUCGACAGCACAGUGGAAAGGCGACAGGAGAGGAGGGCAGGGGGAUCAGGGUUACACGGGACAAACAGACGGGAGAGUGCAGGGGUGAGAGGGCAAUGCCGAAGUGUAGGCUGAACACUUGGCAGAUGUAAACAGCCUGCAGGAGGAAUAUAAAUAGAGCGCAAAAAACGGAGUCAACAAAACAUAGAAACUGCAAGAGAAGUGCGCAUGUGAGAGAGACAGCGACAAGUACACUGACACAGCAAGACUCACCAGGAGCUGCAAACAUCAAGAACAAGAAUUACUCUACGUUCAUCUGCUGCUGUUAAAGCAAGAAGGAGAAAGGCGAACACCGACUUGCUCUCCACCAAGAGGAAAUUGAGAACAAAGCAAAGGCAGGAACCGGCGAGAGAGAGCGCGGUGAACACACUGCGCCGAACUUCCCUGUUAGUAUGGGACUAAAGCAAGAAGAAAGAAGGCAAAGUAUCCCCACUGCUCGCCGUUAGACUCGUGCCAGAGUGCGGCUGGCUGGACGUGGAUGACAGAUGCUGCAGUGAGAUAACGUACUUACAAAUCGAAGCAAGCUCUGACGGGCCGGUUAACAAAGUGAGGGCUACUGGGUGGACUGGCUGAACUGUGACUAUUGUUGGGACAAGAAACUCCGUUUUCUGUGGAAUGGUUUCAGUUGUUUCCACAGGUCAGCGUUGGGGAACGUGAUAUAAAAUGGCAAGGUUUGAGACUUAUCAAGAGUACCAGCAGCUGGUGGGAGAUGAGUACGAAGAGGAUUCGCCACCCGGUGAAGACCUGCUGGUUCAUGUUCCAGAAGGUAUCAAAGAUUCAUGGCACCACAUUAAGAACCUGGAUAAUUUCUUCACCAGAAUAUAUCAUUUCCACCAGAAGAAUGGCUUCUCUUGCAUGAUGCUCUCUGAAUUCUUCGAACUGGUGCAGUUCUUGUUUGUGGUGCUGUUCACUACUUUCCUGUUCAACUGCGUGGAAUAUGACGUGCUGUUUGCAAAUAAGUUUGUAAACCAUACUGGUUCUACUUACCCGGAGAGGAAUAAAGUCACUCUGCCUGACGCGAUCCUACCCACUGAGGAAUGUACCACCAGGAUUCGGAACAAUGGAUGGAUUAUCUUCCUCCUGAUCAUGGCUGCUGUGUUCUGGGGCUAUCGGCUGGUCAAAGUCAUCUGCAAUCUCCUCAGCUACUGGGAAAUCAGAAUGUUCUACAUCAAAGCUCUGAAGAUCCCCACGGUAGAGCUGUGCAACUACACAUGGCAGGAGGUGCAGGCACGGCUGAUCCAGCUGCAGCGGGAGCAGCAGAUGUGCAUCCAUAAGAAGGAGCUGACUGAGCUGGACAUCUACCAUCGCAUCCUGCGCUUCAAGAACUACAUGGUGGCCAUGGUGAACAAGUCCCUGCUGCCCGUCCACCUCAGCCUCCCCCUUCUGGGCAAUGUCAUCUUCUUCUCCCAGGGCCUGAAGUACAACUUUGAGUUGAUCUUCUUCUGGGGCCCCGGCUCGCUUUUCCAGAACAAGUGGAACCUGCACCCUAAGUACAAGCGGGCCACCAGCCGGCUGGAGCUGGCUCGGCAGCUGAGCAGGAUGGUGCUGCUGAUGGGGGUGGCCAACCUACUGCUCUGCCCCUUCAUCCUGGUCUGGCAGAUCCUCUACGCUUUCUUCAGUUACACCGAGGUGAUCAAGCGAGAGCCGGGCAGCCUAGGGGCACGUCGCUGGUCGCUCUUCGGCCGCCUUUACCUCCGCCACUUCAAUGAGCUGGACCACGAGCUCCAGGCCCGGCUCAGCCGUGGCUACAAGCCGGCCGCCAAGUACAUGAACUCCUUCACCUCACCCCUACUGACAGUCAUCGCCCAGAACCUGGCCUUCUUCUCCGGCUCCAUCCUGGCCGUGCUCAUUGCCCUGACCGUGUACGACGAGGACGUGCUCACUGUGCAGCACAUUCUCACCGCCAUCACUGUGCUGGGCAUCGUAGUCACCAUCUGCAGGUCCUUCAUCCCAGACGAAUACAUGGUGUGGUGCCCAGAGCAGCUGCUGCAGUGUGUGCUUGCCCACAUCCACUACAUGCCCGACCACUGGAAAGGAAAUGCCAACAAAUCUGAGACCAGGGGUGAGAUGGCUCAGCUCUUCCAGUACAAAGCGGUGUUCAUCCUAGAGGAGUUGCUGAGUCCCAUCAUCACUCCCUUUGUGCUGAUCUUUUCCUUGCGGCCCAAGUCCCUGGAGAUCAUCGACUUCUUCCGCAACUUCUCGGUGGAGGUGGUUGGGGUCGGGGACAUCUGCUCCUUUGCACAGAUGGAUGUCCGGAAGCACGGCAAUCCCAUGUGGCUGUCGGAAGGCCAGACCGAGGCCUCGGUCUACCAGCAGGCGGAGAACGGGAAGACGGAACUCUCGCUAAUGCACUUCACCAUCACCAACCCCCGCUGGCACCCGCCCCAGGACAGCUCGGUCUUCAUCAGCCACCUGAAGGAGAAGGUGCAGCACGACGCAGCCACUGGUCCCCCGGCCCAACACCUCUUCUCCGACACGCCACUCUGCAGCUCCCUGCUCUCCAACGAGUCCGCCAACAUCCCGGAGAACCUGAUCAUGAGCCUGCUGACGCAUUCGGUGCUGCCCGCUGCGCCGCUGGUGGGCAGGGACGGGAGCCUGACGCAGCCCUGCAGCACCGCCUCUGCUGCUGCAAGUGUGCUAGCGACACUGCCCACCUCCCACCUCCCUGGCCGCACCAGGUCACACACGCUGCUGGUGGAGAACGGUGCUGAGAGCUCGCUCUAUCGCAGCGACAGGACCAUCAUCGAGGAGAGCGUGACAGAGAGUACGGGUUCAGGCAGGUCGCUCCUGCUCGCUAACAUUGCUUCUACGGAAAUGAGUCUGCACGCUAUCUACAUGCACGAGCUCCACCAGCAGACUGUUCAACCACCACAGAUGGAACCCAGGCCCCAGGCCCACAGCUCCGACACCGAGCAGCCCACUGCCCCAGUGCCUCGGUUAAGUUCGCCUGAAACACUGACGGCCAAUUCACAGCUUCAUCUGGGGGGCUGGACGGAGGAGGCAAAUGGAGAGGGUCCUGAUGGGGGUCCGCAGGACUCGGAAACUGAAGUGCCUUCUCAGACAAACAGGGUUUAAGUGUUUGGACGGGACUGACCUGGGUGGCCUUAACGUAUCUGACCUGCUGGUGGCGAGAUCGUGGGAGUACAUUCCCAAGGCUUGCGGCUGGCGAGCUUCCCUGGGCUUCUGUCGCACUCAAAGGUGGCGCGAUGACUUCCAGUGCCGGUGCUGUGUUGUGGUGAGGGUGGUGCCCACUCUGUGUGGACCCCACCGCUGGCACCCCCUGCCCACUCACGGCAACGCUUCAAGAGACGGGUUUGCUCAACGUGCAGAGGGAACGAUACGUUGCUCACGGCCCUGGUCCCUUGGCAAGACUGGCGAAUUGGACUGAAGACAUCGAGGGCAUGUGUCGGGUCUUGUGGGCAGAAGGGGGAGCAAGAGUCAAAACUAUGGGACAUUGACUCUCUUCUCAAGCCCAGAUCUCCACCUCCUGCCAACUCCUUGCCACUUCCUUCCCCCCUCUCCCCACACUCUAUCUCUGACCUGGAUCUGACUACCCCCCUUCCCCCCACCCUCCUUCCAUCUCUACUCUUUGAAUGGUAACAUUUAUGUCUGAGAUUCAAAGCAUGGGAGGUGGUGUCCAUGUGCAGUGGGGGUGGUGGGAGGGGGGUUCCCAGGAUGCAUGCUUAGGUCACCCUAUUGGCCUGUUGUGUUAUGUCACCGCCACUCAAUGAUUCACGGGUCAAAAAUAAGGAUCGGGAAUCUGGGCUGGAAAUACUUUCUCUUUGUGUGUGCAACCCCAACUGGGGGCACGGAAGUUCUUGGCUGAGGGUCCCUUGAGGUCCACAUGGAGUCCCCCUAGUCAGGAGCCUCUCUGCUGGAACCUGUCUGUCUCCACCGAGGCACAACAGAAUGCAAUUCAAGACCCCGAUGGCAUGGAAUGAGGCCGUUCGGUCCCGGGGACCUGUGCCAUGUCUCCAUAUAAUCGCACCCCUGCCUUGUCCCCAUCUCACUCCCAGAGAGGCAUCUGUAGAACGUGCUGUCGAGCAGUGUCUCACUGCAAUCAGCGGCGUAAUUAAACGCCCCCUCAUCUCUCCUUGGGUUCCCUCCAUCACCUCCAGUCCUGGCUCCCUGCCCAUCAGCCAGAUGAAUCUCACCUCCACCUUCUCUGCUCUGGUAAUAAAUUGCUUGGACAUGUACACUACAAACAGUAACAGUGUGGAUCUGGUUUCCCUGGAAGUCCUAGAAUAAUUGCCUCCUUGUCUGUACAACAACAUCACUCCACUCCGACCACCGUGUCCCGGUUCAGCAGUCCCUCUGUUACAAGCUUGCCCGCUCGAUUACUUUUGGAGACCGGGCAUCAGACAGUGUUCAAUUUAUAGGAAUGUUAGAUUGUUUUCAUGUCAGCCCAUUACACCGGUCGGAUUUGUGACCUUGGUAUUCCCAACACCAAGUGUGUACUGUAUGGUUUCAAAGCUUCAUUCUGAACUCGCCUGGAGACUAAAGAUGCUCGCUCUGCCGGGAAUCCCCGGGAAUUAUUCCUCGGGAACGAAUCCUCAAGAACUAAUUUUCCUUGUGGCGAAAGCUGGCGACAGGAUGGGUGACAGAAAGAUCCCUCUCGUUGACAAACUGUACAGGGAGCUUGACUCUCCAUCACCCCAAUGAUCAUGUCCUGGAAGUGAGUAAUGGGACAGAGUAGAGGGAGCUUCACUCUGUGACCCAUGCCAUGGGAGUGCAUAUUAGGGCAGUGCAGAGGAAGUUAGUAAUGUUAAGAAGGGCCCCGAACCGAGUCCCCAGAGAUGCUGCCUGACCCGCUCAGUUUCUGUUUGACGCAAUAGUCCAGCAUCUGCAGUUCUUGUGUUUACAAGUUUUUAUCUGUGUCUAAUCGUGCCCUGGGAGUGUGUGAUGGGACAGUGCAGACGGAGCUUCAAUCUGUACCUAGCCUAUGCCUUGGAAGUGUGAGAUGGGACAGUGUAAUGGGAGCUUUACUGCAUGUCUAACCUGUGCCCGGGGAUUGUAUGAGCACACUGCAGAGGGAGCUUUACUCUAUAUCUUACCUGCAUUGUUGCUGCCCUGGGAAUGUCUGACGGCUCAGUGACGGCCGGAUUAAGUAUUAACGUUGAUCACCAGUAUUGGCUGGAGAGAGGUGCUAGCUGUGUGUGGUGCUGUGCUCAUUGAAUGAACUCAUUUCAAGAUUAAACAAUCAGCUGCUCAACACGAUGAUGUCAGUUAAUUUUACGAAGUAAUGACUGCUAAAUAGGAGAGUUUUAUUAAAUAUUUAUAACCGAA